UGUAACUUUCAAACGAUCCCUAAAUGUCUCAAAAUAUUGGGUAUCAAAGAGUAAAUAAACGACGGCAGAAAAAUAAAGGCGAGCUGGAUAUCGUAGGUCGAGACUCAGCUUGUACGAAGAAGAAGAAGAAGAAGAAGAAGAAGAAGAAGAAGGGCGUGGCAAAGAGGAAGGACGAGUACGAAUCGGCCUUCAAUCAAAUUGGAAUCACUAGUUUCAAUAUGCAGCUGCCAACCACCUUAGGAACUCGAAGAAGCCCACAUCCUUCGAAACCUCAAAUUUCAAGACCCUAUUGAUUUUUCCUUCUAGAGUUAAUGGGUAGAUGGCGAGCUGCUGCUUCGCUACUCCUCAAUCACACUUCCAGAAGAAGACCCACAAAGACCCUUUUUGAUAACCAUCCACGUCUUUGGCUGAACCUCCAUCGUUCUGCUUCUUAUUCGUCUUGCUGUCGGCCAUGUCAAAGACCUCCGCAGGGGUUUUAUUCAUUCUGGUUCAGGUCGUUUUCGGCUUACCCUUCUCGGGUUCCAGCUUAUUCCAGCGACAAUGAAUCUGGGUCUCAUGAGAAUUUUCCCAUGGAGCUAAAGGAAGACGAGAGCGACGUUGGGAAGAUUCCGGUCAGAGCCUACUUCCUCUGCACCAGUAUUGAUUUGAAGAGCAUGCAAGGGGAGCACUUAAUCAAUGUUGUUCCUCCUACCUCUCGUUCAACAAAUUAUAUUGUCCUGAGAUACUAUGAUUACCAACCUGAAAUUACUGCACUUGGAAUCAAAGAGAAUGUGAGCUGUCGGUACAUGGUUGUUUUCCAGUAUGGUUCUGCUGUUCUUAUCAACAUUGAAGACCAUGAAGUUGAAAGUUACUUAGAUUUAGUGCGGAGACAUGCUUCAGGAUUGCUACCUGAGACAAGGAAAGAUGAUUAUGCCAUAAAAGAGAAACCAUGCCUAGAAGACGACAUGCAAGGAGGUCCAGACUACAUUGUCCUAAAAACUUUAGAUACUGACAGCAUCCGUAUUAUUGGAAGUGUACUUGGCCAAAGUAUUGCUCUAGAUUAUUUUGUUUCACAGGUUGAUGGAAUGGUAGAAGAGUUUGCCGGCAUAAACCGUGGAAUGGAGAAAACUGGAACAUUUACAAUGGACAGGACAACACUCAUCAAACUGGUGGGGAAGGCUAAUUCUAAUCUUGCUGACGUAAUUCUUAAAGUUGGUCUUUUUGAAAGGUCUGAAAUUGCUUGGAAGGAUGCAAAAUAUUCUCAAAUAUAUGAGUACCUUAGGGAUGAAUACGAGGUGGCUCAACGAUUCGGAAGCUUGGAUUUCAAAUUGAAAUUCGUGGAGCACAACAUUCAUUUCCUUCAAGAGGUGAUACAGAACAGGCGAUCUGAUCUUCUGGAGUGGUGCAUCAUCUUCCUCUUAACUUUGGAGAAUGCAAUAUCAAUAUAUGAGAUAGUGAGCGGUUCUUAGGUUUGUUUGCUUAUACCUUUUCUUUUGACAGAGCAGAAUAUGGUGAGAAUCUAGGCUCAUUAUUAGUGACGGUAAUUGUUAUAGGAAGAAUGAUUGUUUCAGAACCACAGGAGAUUGAAAAUUUUGUGAGCAACUCCUCCAUUUUGUAAUGCCACAUUCUAUCUAAUGAAAGAAGAAAUUCGCAGAGUUUGCAAUUUCUGUUCAUAUUAAGGCAAAAUGCCUUUGUAUGGCCCAACUUCUUACCAUCUGGACAAAAAUGGUGACUGUGACCCUAAAAUAUAAAUGAUGGAAGUUUUGGAAGAUAUGUAGAUAUGAUCAACGACAGACUGUUCCACUUAUUGGUCUUGUGGGUAAGGAUGAACACGAUGCUUAAAAAUUAUUGGAGGAAUAACUCGCUCUUCUACACAAUGUUAGAUUAGGAAGACCCUAAUUUUCUGUAUCCGCCAUUCGGUCACCGUAAGAGCAACCUAUAAAUCGUUUACAAGUUG